UAUAUGAAAUGACUCAAUUUGGCUAUUUCUUGCAGCAUGGACGUCGACAUCGACAUGGGCGAGAGGGGUGGCGGAGGUCAGCGGCUGGCCGCCGCCGAAAGGCAGCGGCUAGCCGCGGAGGAGGAAGAGAGGCAAAGGAUAGUAGCUCCUCCCGCGUCGCUGACCUUCGCCCCCGAGGGGCUCCGUUUUGGGCCGGAUCAGGGACAGGGACGAGGUGUCGGAGGAACCAGGCUUACCCAGGGCCCGUCGGGCGGAGGAGGUGUCAGAGGAACCAGGCUUACCCAGGGCCCGUCGGGCGGACGAGGUGUCGGAGGAACCGGGCUUACCCAGGGCGCGUCGGUCGGAGGAGGUGUCGGAGGAACCGGGCUUACCCAGGGCCCGUCGGGCGGAGGAGGUGUCGGAGGAACCGGGCUUACCCAGGGCCCGUCGGGCGGACGAGGUGUCGGAGGAACCGGGCUUACCCAGGGCCCGUCGGGCGGACGAGGUGUCGGAGGAAGCGGGCCUACUCACGGCGCGGCGGGAGGACGAGGUAGAGGAACCGCGGCGAGACGAGGCCGGCGUUUCCCAUGGAAGAGUGGCCCCAGCAGGGAGGUGGCGGCCACGAGCAGCAGGGAGGUGUUCGCCUCCAGCAGCAGGGGGGUGUUCGCCUCCAGCAGCAGGGGGGUGGCGGCCACCAGCAGCAGGGGGGUGGCGGCCACCAGCAGCAGGGAGAGUGAACCAGGACUGUCCUACAGCAUCAAAAGGAAGGCCAUUGAUGCUGGCCUUCGGCGAGCUGAACCAGGAUCCCACCUCAUCUACAGCGAGCUAAGGACCAUCGUAAGGGACGCCUACACCUCCGGUGACGAUCAUGACUGGGGUCUGAACAACCUCAACAACCGGUCCACUGGGGAGGUCACCAGUGUCCUCACCAUUGGAUGUAGGUGUGAACAAAGCGUUGAAGGAUCGGAUGAAGAGCACACGGACAAACAAGUAACUCUCAAGGAACCGGGCUUACCCAGGGCCCGUCGGGCGGACGAGGUGUCGGAGGAAGCGGGCCUACUCACGGCGCGGCGGGAGGACGAGGUAGAGGAACCGCGGCGAGACGAGGCCGGCGUUCCCAUGGAAGAGUGGCCCGACGAGGAGCAUCGAGGCCUGGAGGGAGGGGUAGGGGCGGGCGGAGGAUGA